AUGCCUCGGGGCCAGAAGAGGAAGCGCCAUGCCCAGGAGAAACGACCCCAGGCCCGGGGGGAGACUCAGAGUCUCAAGGGUGCCCAGGCCACUGAGGUGGCGGCGGUGGCAGAGAUAGAAGAGUCGCCCUCCUGCCCCGCUUCUGUUUCUCGGGGUACUUCCCCAAGCUCCCCUGCUGCUGGCACUCACCAGGAGCCUCAGGGAGCCCCAGCCACUAGCUCUCGUGAUGCAGGGGUUUCAUGCCCAGGAUCUGAAGAGGGUGCCCGGAGCCAAGAUGAGAAAAGUGCAAGUACCGCCCAGGCAGCACCUUCCAUUCACAGCACUUACAGUGAUCCUCUGACCAGGAAUGUCUGCGAGUUGGAGCAGUUCCUGCUGGAGAAGUACAAGACGAAGGAGCCCAUCCCGAAGGCUACACUGCUGAAGAUUGUCAACAGGAAGUACAAGAAGCACUUCCCUGAGAUCCUCAGGAGAGCCUCUGAGUACAUGGAGCUGGUCUUUGACCUCGAGCUGAAGGAAGUCAACCCCAGCAGUCACUCCUACACCCUCAGCAAGCUGGGCCUCCCCAGCGAGGGAAAUCCGAGUGGUGUGUCGGGGCUGCGCACGGCCUGUUUCCUGAUAACUGUCCUGAGCAAGAUCUUCACGAAGGGCAACCGGGCCACCGAGGAGGAGCUCUGGGAAUUCCUCAAUGCGUUGGGUUUGUAUGCUGGGAGGAGGCACUCGAUCUCUGGGGAGCCCAGUGGGCUCAUCAAAGAUUUCGUGCAGCAGAAGUACCUGACGUACCUCCAGGUGCCCAACAGCGAUCCUCCACGCUAUGUGUUCCUGUGGGGCCCGAGAGCCUGCGCUGAAACCAGCAAGAUGAAAGUGCUGGAGUUUCUGGCCAAGAUCAAUGAUACCGUCCCCAGGGCCUUCGCAGAUCUCUAUGAGGAGGCUCUGAAAGAUGAGGUAGAGAGAGCAGGAGUGAGAGCCGCGGCCGGGGCUGUAGCUGUUGCUGAGCGCAGAGCACCUUCCAGGGCCAAGGCCCGCAGCCCCUCCCACAUGUAG